UGGUCAAACCCGAAACCCCUAUUUCUCCUUAACUCCUUUGUUUCUUCGUUCUUGGGUCAUUUUUCUGAAUACUAGACUAGAACCUUCAUUCGCCUCUCGCCAUCACCGAACACCGAUCGUCUUUUUAAGGAAAAACAUGCUUCACUGAAUUCUCUAGACAAAAAGUCUCACAUUCUACGUAAUAAAACAAUGGCAAGUAGACGAUGCCUUAACCCCUUAACCCGCCACUGCCCAUAUCUCUUUUCCUCAAAUGCACCAUCUCUUCAUAGCAUCGUGAAUAACACUGCUCCUCUCACCCUUCCUGCAAACGAUCAUCGUCUCCCACUUGAAACUCACACCUCAAAUCUACCCCAAUUUCAUCGCAAAUUUGAAUCACUAUGCUUCUUCAGAUCCGAAUCUGCUCGACAUUUCUCAUCUGAAAGGGGAAGCCAUGGAAAGCGAGGUGAAGAACAAGAUGAAGAAGAAUAUGAUGAUGAGGAUGAAAGUGAAGAAGGAGAACUGAGUGAAUAUAGUGAUGAAGAAGAGACUGGUAAUGAUAUACCAAAUCGUGUUCCCAAGAGAACAUAUUCACUAGAGAAUAAGGAAGAAGAAGCGGCUGCUAUUGGGUACAAAGUAAUUGGUCCCCUUGAUCCUACAGAAAAACCUUUUACACCUCGAGAGCCUGUUUUUGCCGUUGUCCAGAUUGGUUCCCAUCAGUUCAAGGUUAGCAAUGAGGAUACUAUUUACACAGAGAGAUUGAAAUUUUGCGAGGUCAAUGAUAAGCUAAUUUUGAACAAAGUUCUUAUGGUUGGAUCAAAAAGUCAGACAAUCAUUGGUAGGCCAAUUUUGCCAGAAGCAGUUGUCCAUGCUGUUGUCGAGGAACAUGCUUUAGAUGCCAAGGUAAUAAUAUUCAAGAAAAAAAGAAGGAAGAAUUAUCGCCGAACCAAUGGGCAUCGACAGGAGCUGACUAGGUUGAGAAUCACUAAGAUUGAAGGAAUAGAGAUUCCUGAAAAAGAAGCUGUUGCUGCCUAGGACCCAUGGAUAAUCAAUGUUCCUCUUAUUCGUCAACUUCGGGGGCGCUUGUAUUUAUGAGUGAAACUCCAUGCCAAGAACAACUCUGUGUGUCAAGCCAUCUUCAUAGGUUUGUUCGAGAUAACUGAACAUUAAUAAGUUAGCAAGAUAUGGAGUAAAUUUUAAAAGGAGACUGCCACUAUCUUUUUUAUUCUAUUUUUCGCUUAAAAACCAUGCAGCCUAAAUCAUCAUUCUUUCUCUAUUUUGUAUUUGACCCGAAAAAAAAACUGAGAUAAAUACAUUACCUUGGCGUGGCUUGCCUUAGCUUAGCUUAGCUUUUCGUUGUACUGAUACUAUGAGAGCAAAUGCUGCUAAUGUUGGAGAUAGUCUUGCUAAUUUAUGUAUGCCUGUGUAA